CCACCUGAGUGGGACAAUGGUCCAGGAAGUAGACAGAUAUGACCCAAAGGCUCCCAGUGCCUGGGAGGAGCCAGAUUGAGCCUUAUAAAGAGACCAGUCUUUGCCCAGAUGCACAGAACACUCACCUUCUCCUCACUGCCUCCUCGUCAGCUUUGCUUCCUUGAAAACCAAGAUGAGCCAUACUCCAGUUGAACAGUCCGUGAUGGACUUGAUCAUCCUGUUCCACAAAUACACCAAACCUGAUGACAAGAUUGACAAGCGGGGCCUGCUGAAGAUGCUGAGGGAGAAUUUCCCUAACUUCCUCAACGCUUGUGAAAAAAAGGGCAAAGAUUUCUUGGCCCAUAUCUUUGAGGACGAGGACAAGAAUCACGAUAAGAAGAUCGACUUUUCCGAGUUUCUGUCGGUGUUGGGAGUCAUAGCCACGGACUACCACAAUCACAGCCACGGAGCCCCGCUCUGUUCUGGGGGAGGACACUGAGCCCAGCCCAGCCUGAGGCCUCCAAGAAACAAUAAAGUGUGUCUUUUGCCCAGAUA